AUGGAUAGUUCCACUUCAAAACUGGCCAUCUCAAUGAAUGACGGUGUUGUAUCAAUCUUGGAUGUUGGAGAGCGCAUGCUGGUAAGGUCAAAGAAACUAGGACUCUCUGCAGCGCUACCCAAUAGUCUUUCUUUUGUGAAGGAGAAGUUUGUGGUAGUUUCCAAAAAUGGUAAACUUUUGAUUGCUAAUGCAGAAUUAGAGACGGAAAAAGCUUUUGAGUGUAAUGGGCCUGUGGAGGCGUUUCACAUUCAUAGGAAAUAUGGUAUGAUGUCAAUGGGUGGCAAAGAAAAUGAUCUUUGUGUUUACGAUCUUUCUGCGCAGGAUGUCGCAACUCCCGUGUUUCGGGCGAAGAAUGUGAGGGAUCACGUUUUGGAUGUGCCGUACCCUGUUUACGUAACUGGGACGUGUAUCAUUAAUCCUUUUGUGUUCUGUACAACCACGGGGUAUCAUCAAGUGCGCUUUUAUGAUCGUCGCAGCAACGAAAGACCAGUACAGGAAUACGAGAUUAGCCGCGAAAUUGAACGAAGGCCAACCACACUGAUGCAGUGGAAUUGCAAUAAAUUUCUUAUUGGAGAAGCAAGUGGUGACAUACAUUUGUAUGACACAAGGCGUGGAUUUGCGUCCAGGGCGAAAUUGCGUGGUGGUGUUGGAAGUGUGCGCAGUAUGACUAAACAUCCUGCUGGUCAUCAACUUCUUGGUGUCGCCGGUUUAGAUCGCAAAGCAAGAGUAUACCAUGUUCCAACGGGAAAACUUCUGUUGACUAUGUACACGAAGCAGAAGACGGCGUGCAUCCUUUUUGACAAGCAACUACCACUUGCAGACAAUACUGCAGCUUUCAGCGGCAUUGUAAACUCUAAACAGCCGAGCAAGUGUACAACGCUUGGUGAUGAAGUCUGGGACAAUAUGGAUCCUGUAGUUGAUGAUAUCACUGAAGGAUGCAUGUCCCUUAACAAAGCGUUAUAA